GGUAGAUUUAGUGUGAAGUGUAUCCAACGUCAAAUAAAAUUUUGUUCAACAAAACCCUUUUCUUAUUUUAAAUCCCGUCAACUCUCAUUUUGACUAAAAAUACGAAGACUAAAAACAGUAUUUUGUGGUUUAAAUUGAUUUAAAAAAAAUGUUGAUCAAAGACAAUAAUUCGUAUUAGUGAUUUUUCUUGAAGCCAAAUUAGCGAAAUUUUGAUUCCAUAUAUGCAAAAAGCUCACUUUAAAUAAAACGAUGAAAGAAUUUUUGAGCUUCCUGGGCUGUCAUCAACUUAAAAUAUAUUAUCCUAAUCGAAAUCAUGAGUCCCGCUGGCCUGUCAAAUCGACUUUCUCAGAGGUUCCCAGCUCGAUUCCGCCCAAUUUCGAAAGCUCGAUGACCGAAUAUUUUUCUACUCGACUUCACCGACUCGAGCCUCGAGUUGAUCUGGUCCAGUCAAGCUGAAACUAAUUGGGCACCGCAAAACACCUGAUUCGGAGCUGGUCCAGCCUGAUUGUUGGGUCCUCGAAAUUCGAUAGGCUGAGAAGAUCGCUGGGCCACCGCCAGAGCAGAAUGGAGCUGUGAGAUUUGGGGUAUUAUUCGCAAAGCCAGCCGUUUACCGGAGCUCUUGGCCAGCAGCUGUUCCUCCACUGGGUUGGCUUGGCCAGAAUCCUGGUCAGAGCGAUCAGUUAAUCAAAGACUAGCGCGGCGCUAACAUCAUUUACAUCAGAGCUCCGGGCGAACGCUUCUAAUAAGAUGAACUCAUUAUUUUUAAUUACGAGAAACACACAUAAUAUUAAUUGCAUAUUUUAAGUGAUGUGAAAUUAAUUAAUGAUUAGUGCAAACAGGCAGACAAAACAAACUCCUAUGGCAAAAUGUGAAAUUAAAUAUCAUUAAAAUGCAUAAGAAACUAGCCAUGUAAAAAAGGUUAACACAAAGAAAAACUGUAUCGCAUAACAUAGCGCAAUGCAUUUUUCAUCAACUGACGAAAAAAAGUGUGGAAAAAGCGGAAAUAUUUUUGUGAUUCUGAACAAGUUAAUACAAAAACCUAAAGAGCGGUGUGAAAAAUGCAUUAAUCAGAAUUAAACAAAAAAACACAGCAACAACAGCAAAUUAUGAAUAAUAAAAGAGCGCGCAAAACUUUUUACACAUUUUUCAAUUAAUAACAUCCCCCGCAAUCUGCGAGGGAAUGCGAUUGGAGAGCGUGGCGAGAAUAUUGCCAAACCGCUAAAUGUUAAUUAGUUAAAAGCCCAAACUACGCAUUAACACAAUCGGAAGCCCCGGCUCUCAAACCCGGCCCGAACAAACCCAAACUCAGUGUAAAUGCAAACACAGACAGAGCAUCAUAUUUUCCCCAGUUUUAAUUUUUUGCUUUUUGUUUCGAAUGCUUUUUUGCCUUUUUUUUACCAUUAUUACAUUAUGUGCAAGCCCCUUAUGUACCCGCCUAUGCUGGAUGUUUGUUCAGCCUUCUAUAUAAAUUAAAUGGUUAUGUCAAAAAAGUCAAUAUUUAGCUAACCAGUAAAAGAAAAAAGAAAUCACACCACCUGACUGGCAGCAGCAGGUGUGGGCCUAGAUUUAUAUACCUUUUGCGGGGAAAUGAGAAAUGUAUUUCAUAAUGACCGUAGAUCAUUUCGCUAGAAGUUACGGCCUCCUCUACACACUGUGCAUCAUUUCAAAAGUUCAAAAUCAUUUUUAUUAAAAUUAAAUUAAAAAAACUUCAAAGUAGUAUGUUUCAGGUAUCCAUUUCAAGCAGAACGGUCAUUUGAAUUCAUUUCGCAUUUCAUUUUUGCCACCAGGCAUUCCACAGCUCAUUGUCAUGUCAAUUAAAUCUCGGAGAACCUCUCAGCUCUUACAUUUCAAUUUCAUGAAUAAAUUGUUAAUCAUGUAUUAACCCUUGCGAUAAUUAAACCAAAGCCGCAGCUUAUUCGCCUGUAUUUGCGUGCUAACAGCCAAAGUGUUGACACAUCUAUUUUCGCAUCUUUUUUGAAUAGGCAAAAUUCUAACCCACAAAAUACGAUUCAAGGUCAAUGGUAGAAGUGCAAAAAGUCCACUGCGGCCAUUUAUAUCUAAACAAACUAAUAAAAACAAGUCGAAAAAAACGAAGCUGACAGGACAACAAAGCAAACAACGCUCAACUCAUGAAUGAAUAAUUUGUCGCGUUUAGAACUAGAAGGUAUCAAAUUGGAGCAUUUCAAUAAAAAGCCGAGCAGAAAAAACACCAUACCAUUGAGGACUUUCACCUGGAAAAUUCCACAGGAUGUCUGCGGCAUGUCUGCGCCUGAAUGACUAGCUAUCCACAAAAAAAUCAAACCGGGGGAGGUGGAAAAAGCACAUCCAAGCAUUUAUACAAAUAUAUAGAAAAAAUCUAAUCGAAGGCAGCCCAAAAAGAGGAAUGCAUAGAAAAUGGAAAAACGAAAACGCGUCGCAAAAAGUCGAACACAAGCCGAAAAAGCCAAAUUCGUGUGGAAAAAAUAUUUCUGUCGCGUAAAAACGUUAAGGGGGAUAAGAAAAAAAUGUGAACAGGCGUAGCAAUUGAAAAUGCAAAAUAAAAAGUGAGCUGUGGAAAAAAUGGCGUUAGAUUUAGGACAACAAAAGCGAAGACAAAAAGUCGCUUUUCCGGCUCGGCGGUGCACCCAGUCGAGACCAAAGCGUUUUUGCGGUCUCGUCUCGCAGGUUUCCAGUCGAGCUUCGUUUGUGUUAUUUCCCCUUUAUUUAAUAUUGGCUUUGGCAGUUGUGGCACAAUGUCAACAAAGCGCCAACCCAGUCUCGGCAAAUUUAUUCUAUUUCGCAAAUUGUUGCACUCGCAUAUUUAAGACGCUCAAUUGCGCAAAUCUCGGGAUCAAUCUCUGGAAGGAAGAUCGAGUGGAGAUUUCAUAACUGUCCUAAGAAAAAACUAACUGAACUAUAACAAAGUGAAAGUGAAAAUCUAAAGAUACCUGCAACUCCACGUCGGAGUUAAAUUGUGUUUGGACCAGUGAAAUAAAAUUAAACCAAAAUAGAUUUAAUAAGCAGCCAGAUGGAAGGCCGACUGAUCGAGUAUCGGCCGAUAGGUGGUGGCCUGGACUACCACCACAACUCGCCGCUGAUCGGGGAGAUCCCGCCCGCUGGCGGGGACUACUCCCACGCCGUGCACCGGUCCAUCGAUCACCUGCGGAACAGCCUCAACGAGCGGGUGGCCCUGGGUCCGCUGAGUGUGUUCUCCAACACGGCCGACCUGAGGAACUCGGUGCUCAGCUACAGCCAGCAGCCCCACCAGCAAUCCCAGCCACCGCAGCAGCAGCAACAGCAGCAGCAGCAACAUCAGCAGCAGCAACACCAGUACCAGCUGGUGCCGGAGCCCAAGCCGAGCAUCACCAACCUGGAGAGCAGUGUGGCCUCCUCGGCGGUCAGUGGUUCGGUGGCCAGCAGCCAGAAGCACGUCAACGAUGCGGUGGUCAGCAGCAGCAGUGGGAGCAGCUCCACCGCGGGUACCGCUCCCACCGGAUCCACCAGGGGCCGCAAGUCCCGCAUCUAUCCCAAUCCCAACCAGCACAUCAUUGUGACCAGCAACAGCGUGGACAACGGCGGCAUCCGGAUGCAGAAUGCCUCCCUGAAUGAAAGGAAUCCCCAGAAUCCUUCUGCGGGAACGGCUGGAGUGGGAGGCGUGACCACGGCAGCAGGAUCGGCGAAUGGCAUCUCGUCCUCCACCAGUUCGCCGCAUCACAUGACCCAGUUGGACGUAAAGGACACCAAGAUCUUCAGUUCGAAGGCCGACCUGCAGCUGCACACGCAGAUCCACAUGCGGGAGGCGAAGCCGUACAAGUGCACCCAGUGCUCAAAGGCCUUCGCCAACUCGUCGUAUCUAUCGCAGCACACGCGGAUCCACCUGGGCAUCAAGCCGUACCGGUGCGAGAUUUGCCAGCGGAAGUUCACGCAGCUCUCGCACCUGCAGCAGCACAUCCGGACGCACACGGGCGACAAGCCGUACAAGUGCCGGCAUCCCGGCUGCCAGAAGGCCUUCUCGCAGCUCUCCAACCUGCAGUCGCACUCGCGGUGCCACCAGACGGACAAGCCGUUUAAGUGCAACUCCUGCUACAAGUGCUUCUCGGACGAGCCCUCGCUGCUGGAGCACAUUCCGAAGCACAAGGAGUCGAAGCACCUGAAGACGCACAUCUGCCAGUACUGCGGCAAGUCGUACACCCAGGAGACCUACCUGACCAAGCACAUGCAGAAGCACGCGGAGCGGACGGACAAGCGGCCGCCAAUUGCGCCGGGCAGUGCUGCUGCCAUUGCGGCGGCCGCUGCUGCUGCUGCCGCCGGCGGAGCGGGCAACUCGGCCAACGGACCGCCACCAGCCCCCAAUCCCGCCCAGCACCAGCGCAACAACCUGGGCCUGCCGCCCGUCUCCAUUGCGCCCAGCGACAACGGCUACUGGCCGAAGGUGAGUCCGGACUCGGCCGCCGCAGCCAAUGCCAUGGAGGUAAUGCACCAGCAGCAGCAACAGCAGCAGCAACAGCAGCAACAACAGCAGCAGCAACAGCAGCAGCAGGCCCACCACCACCAUCCGCAGCACGGAGUCCCGCCGCAGCAACAUGUCCCGCCCCAGCAGCAGCAACAGCAACAACAGCAGCAGCAACACCACCAUCCGCAGCAGCAGCCGCCCCCGCAGCACAGCAUGGAGGCCCACUACGCACAGCCGACGGCGCCCAACGGAUCCCAGAGCAACGGACACGGUCCGGAGUUACAGCCCCAUCAUCGGAUGCCCGAUCCCGUGCGCGAAGAUAUAGUUUCGACCCCCAGUGCCGUGGGCCCCUACGACGCCGCGUCCAUAACGAAAACCACCAGCAACUCGGCCUUCACGCCGAUCAACUCCAUGCCGCCGCACUUGAACUCGCUGAGCCACCACCCGAUGGCCCAGCGCCCCUAUCUCUACGAUGCCAUCAGCUUCCCGAACAAGAACGUGAACCAGAACAACGCCAACGCGUUCCCCAACCAGCUGAUCUCGCUCCACCAGAUCCGGAACUACGCCCACCAGCCGGCGGGUCUGAUGGCGGGGGAGCACCUGCUGGGCGUGAGCGUGGGGCCUGGGAAGGAGAAGGGAUAGCUAGGGGCCUACUUCUAAGUUGGUGUUCACCCAUUGUUUGUCCAGCGGAGACGAGGCGUGCAUUCCUGUACAGUAUUAAUUUGUAGUUAGUCGUAGUGCGUAACGGACAUUUUGUAAUUUUGGUAGAUCUUAUUUCGGUUAGGUUAAGGGUGUUCCCGCGCACGCGAUAGGCGAACUGUAAAUGGCCAACGAUACGUACUCUAAUUUGACCAACACCGUCCAUACCUAUGUUUACACACCAGAAUCGCGACUAACUGGCUAGUAACCAAUAUAAAUCCUGCGUUUACGAGUACACAAAUUCUGUCCAGCAAAAGUUUCCCUAUCGAGUAAUUGGUUUUCUAGGACCUCGUCUAUUGCCGCCUGUAAAUAUAAUUGAUAAUGAAUUUAUUUUCGAUGCACAAACGGAUCUCGCAGUUUACAUCAAUGGCAGAAGUCAGAAGCUGCUUACUAAGCCGAAAUAUGUACAUAGAUAAAUAUCAACCUAAAGGAACUAACCGGCAAACGUAAUUUACAUCUAAAUGCAAAAGUACACAUAUAUUUGUUUAGGUGUAUCGUAUUUAAUACAGACAUUUCUGAGAGAACAUUCUCAAGAAAAAAAGCACUAAGGGCAACAUGAAUUCAAGAAAUCAAAUGUGUUUACGACUAUAGAUGAAACUAUGCGAUAGGUAAAAACUAUUUUGAAAGAAUCUUUUCUAAGUAUAUGUUGGCAGUUGCGAAAACAGAAUAUGGAAAACAAAACCGAACAGAGAUGUUGUAUUACUUUUUGGAAAGACUGAAGUGAUCAAAAUUAUCGAACCAGAGGAGGAAUUAAAUAAAAAUCAAACAUUUUAAAGAGCGUUUUUACCGCAGUUACUAAGCAAACUGAAUGUGUCCUAUAAAAUUUCGUACUAAUGGCAGAAACUAAACCUAAACGUAAUUACGAGUAUGACAACAUCAAAUGUAAUGUAUUAUUAAAUAACGUAAUUCUAAUUUUAAUCUUAAUCUAAAGUAAAUUUAAACUAACCCAUAGCUAGUGUUUAACUCCAGAAUGCAAUCUCAAUGUAAAGACAAAACCGAAAUGGAACACAAAACAAAAUACCUACACUUAAGUGAAUAGCAAAAUGAACUCUGAACCACACACAGGCAUUAAAUAGAAAUAUUUGGGGUAUUCAGAUAGCUGAGCUAAAUGAUUAUUGUUUUACCGUCUAACGAUUACAGCAGGUUACCGUACGAUUUCAAUGGCUUAGAUGUGCGAAUACAAAGAUAGUUCCCGACGGGGCUUCGAUCGCUGAACGGCGUGGAUACCCGCGGAUAUCCAGCUGAAUAUGCAUACAUACUUAUAUAAUUGUCAAUAGUAGAUGUGUGUUCCUCAGUUGAUGUAAAUUGAUUUCCGAUUAACCACAAACUCAACCCGUAAUAAAGUGAAUUAAAUGUUCUCCUU